UCAUGGUGUCACACACAAGUUGAAAGAAUUGCAGAAGAAGCUGAAAAUUUAUACAUGAAUUUGGGUAAAAAUCGGUCUUGAGAUCAAUUACCGUGUGCGUAGAUACUGUGCAAGGUGAAUGGGAAUAUCGAUUCAUCGUGCAGGCAAUCAAUGAGUGCUGGAAAUAAUGAUUUGUAAAGAUUCGGUCGUCUCGUGGUUCAAGGAGCUAGAAAGUUACAAACGAAUUGACACAAUGUGCACCCUGCUGAAUAUGUGCCUUCCAUUUGAGCUGCGAUUCCUCGGGACGUGCUUGGAGGAGCUGGGCAGGCGGGACUCGCAGGAGCUCCGCGGCAUCGAGCUGCGCGUGAACAAUCCCACAGAGCUGGCGGCGGACAUUGCCUCCUGUCAGUCGGGCGAGCCCACCGACAUGAAGAUCCGCCGGAAGAUGGCCCUCUACCUCGCCCUCAUCCGCGUCUGCAGCCGCCCGUGCGUCAACGAGCUCUUCCGCACCCUGGAUGGAUGGGGCGAGCGCGACCUGGGCAAGUUCAGCGACGGCGACCCGCUGCAGGAGCUGCUGCUCGUCUACACCAUGGCCACCAACCAUCCCGUCUUCUCGUUCGAGCAGCGCAUGAAGUGCGCAGAGAUCUUCACGAAGAUCAAGGAGAGCCGCCCCGCGUCCCUGCCGGAAGCCGCGGCGCAGCAGCACGCGGCGCCGCAGCAGCCGCUCCUCACCAACUCCACCGCCUCGCCGCCCGGGAUGCACGCGCUGCACCACCACCAGCUCAUGGGACAGCCGCAGAUCCCCAUGGGAUACACUCAGAUAAUACCAGCGGCGGAGGCUCAGCUGGGCGCCCCCUUAAUUGAUCCGAUGAUGCAGUUGCCGCCUGGCAUCACGAUCCCCACGCACGACUUCACCGUGGGUCCGCCGACCACGGUUCACUGGACAAUGCGGCACGGCGGCAAUCUGGCGGCUCCGGCUGUACAGAACGCUCCGCUCGACUCCAUCUCCCUGCACGCCACGCAAGCCACACAGUCAACGUCGCCGCACCUGAGCCAGCCGUCCUCGCCCAGCGCGAGCCGAAGUGCGAGUCCAACGCGAACUGGCCAGGGCGGGAGUGGCGGACACGGGACCAAUUUGGCGCAGCCACAGAGCCACCUGAGGGGGACUCAGCAGCAGGGACAGCAGCAACGAAGGGUGAGCCGGCGUCCGUCGGUGGAGACGACGCCACCGCCGCCGCCCAUGCAGGCGCCGUUGAACUACAUUCUGGGCAGUGACAUCCUGGUGCAGCAGCAGAACCACAAGAAUUUCGAAGAAAUGAUGCUGACUGUGGAUGGUGCGCUAAGCCAAUUGCAAACCAUCUGCCGCAAUGGCUAUACGCGGCCGGCGCACACGAUUCAGCGCCAGGCAGCGAAAGGGUCUGGUGGUAGUUAUGGGCAUCAGCAAGCGCAAAGUACGCACCAGAACCACCAUCAGUCAAGUAACUUUGCACCAAAUCCAACCGGAUUGGCGUACGCGCUCAAUAAUAUGGCAUUUGAUAAUGUUCACCACCAGGUUAAGUCGGGCGGCAGUGAUUCGGGCAGUUCGGCUGGCUCGGCGGGCGACUUGUCGCCGCCGGAGACGCCGUCGGCCAUUGUCACCGUGGCAUCUGCGUCACGCCUCCGUCCGGACAAGUUGCACAUUUACACGCCGCCCGCCGCAAUUGCCAGUCCGUCGCAGCCGGUGACGUUCGCCAAUGUGGAGUUGUGUGUGGCGCCGGCAGGCAGCACCGCCGGCAAUAUGGUGUUGAUGAGUCAGCCGGCGUUUCAAACGACUUACCCCACAUUUCGGCAGCCGCCGCCGCUGAUGGCGCCGCAGCAGAUCACGUCGCCCACGACCGCCACCACGACGAGCAGCUUCCGCCAUCCGUACCAGCUGCAGCCCAACGGCGAGUUCCUCUAUCCGGCGUACACGCCGACCGCGGCGCCGAUCGCCCUGAUCAAUCCGCCGCCGGCGAGCAACGUGGCUAGUCAGACCGCCAUUCGCUCCUCGCCGUCGCUGCAGCCCGCACAGACGCAACACUUCGUCCAGACGUAUCCCAGCACAAAAAUGGUGCUCUCCUGCUUCAACUGCGGCUCGCAGCUCCACACCGGCACUAACUGUCAGGAGUCCUCAAUGGAGGACGCGACGCGCGGGGCAAUUUACAAGCUAGACUACAACGCCGCGACCACCUCAGCCGCACAGACGGCGGCGGUGGAGAGCGUGACAAACGCCACAGCGUCCGUUAGCGCACAAGACAUCGCCGCCGCGCCAUCAGUGGCCGCCAUGAACAAAUGAUUGAACGCAUUCUGUCUCUAAGCGCCGCCAUCGAGAUGCCCUAUUCCAGUCCGCUGUUUGUCUCGUGUCCUCACGUUUCUCUCCCACUCCACAUGAUGCUGUAGUGCGACGAAAUCCACGCAUUUUCUGUGCCAUUGCCUUUUAAACGACGCGUGUCAGGUGAAUGGGAGAGUUUUUAGGAGUUUGAUAGUGUUUCAUUUCCACAUGCAAUUCACACACUUGAAGAGAAAUGUGUCCUGUUUUCACACCUCCAACUCUACUUAACUGUAAUCACAUCUGCAUUAUUACAAAAUCAACCUUUGUAAAAGAGAUUAGUGAGUGUGACACUAGGCAACAUGGGGAAGUUUCCUGAUGUUUUCUUCGGAGGGGAAAAGUGGAACGUAAAUUAAAUUUCAUGCUGAAUGUAGUUAAAAGCUCAAAAGACAUAACACGCAUAUUUUAGAUGUAGAAAAUUAUCUUCGUGACGAUUUUUCUUCCCUUCCUUUUUAGGGAGUUUAUUUAGGAUUGGAAUACAUAUAAUGUCUUAAGAGACGCAUGAAAUAGAUUUAAAAGCUAGCUAAGUAUACAAAUCGUUUGAUUUCUUUUCUUCAAAAUUAUAAUUCUUUUCUUUUUACAAAUGAGUUCUGAAGCAAAAGCUAAAUGUUGGAUUUUUGUGCAAAAUUCUGGAUUGACAAUUAUCGAAAUUAUUCUCAAGUUGCGCAAUGAAAUGAUAAUUUGCAAGAUCGAGUGUUGCCUAGUGUAGUUUUUUUCUAAGUGAACUACUGUUUUCUUUUUGUAUUUUAAAUAAACACAAACAAUAAAAGAAGAACUUAUUUUGCUUCUUUCUGCUUGUAAAAUUCUCUCAAUUGAUAUGUUAUUUUUCGAAGAAACAGAAUUGCUUUAGUCAAAUGGAAAUAUUUUAGUGUAUAUUUGAAGCUCAAGUUGGCAAAAAACAAAUGUAAACUACGCAAAAUUUAGAGAAAGAAAAGAAAAGUGACAAAAAGAUUUAUUGAAGAGAUGAAGAGCAGAUUGAAAGAAGUGAGAAAGAGUGAAGAUCUUGCUGAAGCGCCCCGACACGUGGUUUUGCUGAUGUUAUAGAAGAGUUUCUUGUCCCUGGUCGUUAUAAGUUGGAUUAAUUCGUACGAUAUUUCAGAUUUCCAAGUAUUUUAGGCAUUGAUUGACUCAAAUUUGUCAUGAAACUCCCUUUGAGUGAUACACAAUCUCUGGAUAACCCUGUACAAAUUAAAUGUCUUCAUGGCAGAAGCGACAGUCUUGGGAUAUUUUACCCGGUUUAGCGAAUGCGGGCCAACAAGCCCAGGAUUUUUAGGGGAGGUUCUGUGGGGAAAAGUGAAUGCGAUGUAAACUCUUUCCACAAUGUCAAGAUAUUUGAGGCAUUUCAUAGUCCGCGAACUGUGAAGUGAUCUUUCCGGGUAUAGAUCGGUGGCCGUGUCGGGGCCAUAAGAAUAUUUCAUUGUAAAAAGCGUAGAUUUAGGAGCCUAGAGAGUAAUUUAUAUAACAGAAAAUACAAUGAGAAGAGGGACUAUAUUAAAAUGAUAAGAAUUAUUUCAUAGUGUCCAUCGAGAUCUAAUAAGUUCAAAAUGUAAAGAAAUACAUAUACAUAUUACACAAGAAAAUGAAGAGGAAACUGUAGUUUUUAGAGCAUUGAUGUCACAAUUUUUGACGAUGAGAGAAAGAGUAUCAAUGAAUAAUGAAGAUACAAAACCCGAUAAAGUUAAAAGAAGAUAAAAAAAAUGUGAAAAUUUUAGGAAUAUAACAAAACAAGAAAAAAACACUAGUAUUAAAGAUAAAUCAGAAAUGAACUUUUCUCCUUUCAUCAGACUUUUUAAGAUUUUUAUGUAAUGUGUAAUGUAAAAUGUCAUUGAAGAGAAAAUACAACAGUGUGUUCAAAUUAUAAAUUGACAAGCUUCGCGUCAAGAAUUAGAGAAAAAACGUUAAUAAGCGGAAAAAAUAUCAUUUCUAUACCCUUCUCAAAGGCAAAUCAUGUCAUUUUUUCUUCCAGGGAAAACCUGCCAGCAAAUCAAGAAGUAAAAAGUAGAACUUUUUUCAUCUUGUAUUUUUCUUAGAGCACUUGUUUUACUUUACGUAGAAAAAGAAACUGAGCAUAAACAUUAAGUGUAAUGAUAAAAUGAGAAAUUUGUCGUAUUUCUUGUGUAGAAAAGAUUGCGAACAGGAAAAUUUUGAAGAAAAAAAUUAUUGCUUAACAUUAAAAAAAAAAUAUUUUUCCCACAAACUUUAAAGAAGAAUUAUCUGGAUUUUCUCCUCUGAAAACUCGACAAAUUUCUUUAUCGCGUGGAGCAAAUUGUGCAGUGAAGAUUAUUACAAAAAAAAAAUCAGAAGAUGAGUAAAUGAAAGUACCCAAAAGACUAUGACUUUAGCGUUUCUUUUUUAUAAACAAAAUAUAAUUAUUAUGAUAAAGAAGUAAUAUUAAUAUUAAAGAGUCAGAUGAAAUAUUGUAUAACUUAAUCCUAAAUAAAUGUAAUAUCGUUAAUCAAUUACAGAGAGAAAGGAAAAAUGAGUAAAAAUCUGUGUAAAUAAGUAUAAAUCUAAGAAACUGAAACACGUAAAUAAUAAGUGGCAUGAGUAGAAAAAGUGUGAAAAAGAAAAUCGAGAAAAAUGUAAAAGAAAAAGAUGAAAAAAUCAAAAGUCAUAGAAAACGGAAUAAAAAAAAGUGAGUACGAAUAAGAUAGAGGUAGAAUUUUAUGAAAUGAAGUGAGAAAGGAAUAGAAUGUAAAAAAGGAGAGAUAAUUUAAAGAUGAGAUCAAAUUCUACGAAUAAUGUAUAAAAAGUAAUUCAGUAAAAAAUGAUAAGAAACACACAACACAUAUUUAUGACGGUGAUUUGUUCUUAUUUCGGGUUUUUAAACACUUAUAAAUAUGAUUAAAAAAAAUUUAAAUUAAUAAAAGAAUGUAAAAAAUCAAUUAGAACUAUGAAUGUUAUAUAUACAUUAUGAAGAUAUAUAAGAUAAAAAGAUUAAAAAUUACAAUAAAAAAGUUCUGUAAC